GCACAACCAAAACAAUAAGAAUUACGGCCAAACUGAAAUGAUCAUUGAUUCACUAUAUCUUUCAUCGUGUACGUAGCAAGAGAAAAAAAUUGUAGAUUUAACCACUCAUGAUUCCAUAGAAAGGAUAUUCAAGUUUAAUUACAUGAAUGAUAUCUAUUUCCAUAAACUUUCGUAUUAAUGAUCCACUAUCACAAAAGGGUGUGGCAUCGGCCAAUUUGAUGAUGAUAUAUAAACAAGAUCCUAAAGCUGAAGGUUUUGUAUUUGCCUCAAACAAUUUUGGAACUCAAAACGCAUAUAGCUUCACCGUUUUAGUCCAAACUUCUCCGUAUAAUAACGUGGAAGCGCAACCAAGUUUCAUUCUUCAGAGAAAAUCAAAGAUGUUCUUCCAUAUAAUAUUGGAGCGUAACAUGCAACUUCACCCACGCCAUUUCGGUCGCACACUGCGCGACCGUCUCGUCUCCAAGCUCAUGAAAGAUGUUGAAGGCACCUGCAGUGGCCGUCACGGAUUUGUGGUGGCGAUAACGGGCGUAGACAACAUCGGGAAAGGGCGGAUUCGUGACGGAACGGGUUUCGUCACGUUUCCGGUGAAAUAUCAGUGUGUUGUGUUUAGACCCUUUAAAGGAGAAAUUUUAGAAGCUGUCGUUACUAUGGUAAACAAGAUGGGAUUUUUUGCUGAAGCUGGACCUGUUCAAAUUUUUGUUUCAAACCAUGUAAGCUUAUGUUUUAACAUAUUUGGUUUGAGUACUUUAGGAAUAUAAGAUAGUCAAACCUUAGUUUUGA